GCUGCUUGGAUGAGGGGAUUGGUGCCACAGUCCGCUUCGCCGACUAACGGGAUCUGGAGAGACUUUUGUUUUCCUAUUUUAAUCGGCAAAAACUAACUAUACAUAGACACAUUAUCUGAGCAUUUAUUCACAUCUUUGGCUAUACAUCUGAUCGCGAUUUGUGGUAGCAAAAAAAGGCUGCAACCUGGAUAUUUGACUGGUGCCUACACAAUACUUGGUAUUAAAAUGUUUCCUUUCAUUUAUAAACAAGUAUCGGAAAUUUCAUACUGGCUUUAAAUACAGUUGCGAAAACUGGCUGGGCGAGUCGAAUGACAAAAAGUAAUUGUGAUUCAUUAUUUAAAAUAUUUAUUUAUAUUUAAGCCGAGCUGCUCGUCUUGCUGCCGCUAUUUUAAACACAAGCGAAGAGGAAUUAACGCAACGCUUUUGUCGGGGAUUCAGCAACAAGAGAUUUCUUCGGAUGUGUACAGAUCUCAGAGAUUCAGAUGCUAAAAUCAUGGGAAUGAAAAAUCCAUGACAACUAGGAUCGAAACCUGCUUGAAGAGCGAUGCCCAUAGAGCCGCUUCUGAUUUAAACCGCACCUGGAAACUCACCCCGUGCGCCCGACUUUCCGUAUUAUCCCCCACUUAUUCCGAGCUGCACUUUGUGUCCAGUAUCGAUCAUGCGAUGACUGAGCUCGAUUUGGGAAUAUCUGCGGUGACAAUAACAGGAGGUGAAUGAUGGCCGAAGAUGGAGGAAAUCCGUCUGAGGACCGUAUGGUGAGGGAAGCUGAGGGCAGGUCUUCCCUCCCCAGGACCUUUAUCCGACUCAACGACCUGUCCGGCAGCGGGGAGCGCAGCGAGGCGGAGACUGUUGGACCCGGGACGAAGGAGAGCGGAGCCGCAGCGGAGGAGGCAUCUGCCGGCGGCGGGGAGCCGUUACCCUAUCCAUCUUUGGCACCGGUGGUGUUUUUCUACCUGAAACAAACCACUCGGCCGCGGAGCUGGUGUCUGAAAUUGGUCUGCAACCCAUGGUUCGAGCGUGCCAGCAUGCUCGUGAUUCUGCUGAACUGCGUCACCCUCGGGAUGUUCCACCCCUGUGAAGACAGCAAGUGUGAUUCAGAGCGCUGCAACAUCUUGCAGGCUUUUGAUGACUUCAUCUUUGCAUUCUUCGCUGUGGAAAUGGUGAUCAAAAUGGUAGCUUUGGGUAUCUUUGGGAAGAAGUGUUACCUUGGAGACACGUGGAACCGGUUGGACUUCUUCAUUGUACUGGCUGGCAUGCUGGAGUACUCCCUCAACCUUCAGAACGUCAGCUUCUCUGCCGUCCGCACUGUCAGGGUGCUUCGGCCCCUCCGAGCCAUCAACCGGGUGCCCAGCAUGCGGAUCCUCGUGACAUUGCUGCUGGACACUCUGCCCAUGCUCGGCAACGUUCUGCUGCUUUGUUUCUUCGUCUUCUUCAUCUUCGGCAUUGUGGGGGUGCAGCUGUGGGCCGGGCUGUUACGGAACCGCUGCUUCCUCCCAGAGAACUUCACCCUCCCCUUGUCUCUGGACCUGUACAGCUACUACCACACAGAGAAUGACGACGAGAACCCAUUCAUCUGCUCGCAGCCGCGUGAGAACGGCAUGCGCCUCUGCAGCUCGGUCCCCACACUGCACGAGGAGGGUGUGCAGUGCCAGCUGGACCACACGGCCUACAACAACACAGACAACACCACCUGUGUUAACUGGAACCGCUACUACACUAACUGCUCCGCCGGCGACGUUAACCCAUUCAAGGGCGCCAUCAACUUUGACAACAUAGGCUAUGCCUGGAUCGCCAUCUUCCAGGUGAUCACUCUGGAGGGAUGGGUUGAUAUUAUGUACUUUGUGAUGGAUGCACACUCCUUCUACAAUUUUAUCUACUUCAUCCUCCUGAUCAUAGUGGGCUCCUUCUUCAUGAUAAACCUGUGCCUGGUCGUCAUUGCCACCCAAUUCUCAGAGACCAAGCAGCGGGAGAGCCAGCUGAUGAAGGAGCAGCGCGUUCGCUUCAUGUCCAACGCCAGCACCUUGGCCAGCUUCUCAGAGCCGGGCAGCUGCUACGACGAGCUGCUCAAGUACCUCGUCCACGUGGUGAGAAAGGGCAGCCGGCAGCUGGCCCACCUCUCCCGGGCCGCCGCACGCCGGGCGGGGCUACGGGUCUGCACCUCCCCCGCCCCGGAGCCCCCCCAGCAUAAAAGACGCCGUCGCACAAGGCAACCGGGCUCCAUCCACCACCUGGUGCACCACCACCACCACCACCAUCACCACUACCACUUGGGCAAUGGCAGCGUGAGGGCUGACAGAGCCAGCCUGGAGCCCCGGGAUGUGGAGAGUGGAUCUGUGACCAAUGGCGGGAGACGCCUCGCCUCACCGGCUCCCCUGCCCCUGCCUCCCAGCUCAACCCUUCCCACCUCCACCACACCUGCCCCUCCCAUGGGCAGCAGUUCCGGUUCGGUUCACAGUAUCUACCACGCUGACUGCCACCUCGAACCCGUUCUCUGUUCUGCGUCCUCUGCCCCAGCCCCUUCGCUGCAGGGCUUCAAGAGGAACUCUGUGCCUGGAGCCUUGCCGGUAGCUCCAAAAAACUAUCCUACCCUGCACCCCUCCUCUCCUCAGGAGCAUCUAAGGGAGAUGAUGCCCGUCGAUCCUAUGACCAGUAGCUGUGGUACCUUCACAGUUACCAACCUCAACAUCCCACCUCCAUCUGUAAACAGUACACAGUGUCUCAUAGAGGCACACAGUCCCAUAGGAAGGGUCUCCUGCAAGCUGGCUACAGUCAACUGCGGCAUCAGCCAGGACACCAAUCUGACCUUUGACCCCGAGAGCUGCCCUUACUGCCUAAAAUCCACAAGUCUGGACUCAGAAGGCACAGAAGGGAAUGAGACCGCCGACUCGGACAGCGAGGGCAUAUACGAGUUCACUCAAGACAUGCACUAUCGUGACCGCCGGGACCAUAACCAGAAAAGGGGGUCUACCAGAAUGAUGUUGGGUCUACGGGCAAGAAAAGUGCUACUUUUCUGGAGGCUCGUGUGUGAGACUUUCCGCAAAAUUGUGGACAGCAAAUACUUCGGCCGGGGCAUCAUGAUCGCCAUCCUCAUCAACACGCUCAGCAUGGGCAUUGAGUACCACGAGCAGCCUGACGAGCUGACCAAUGCCCUGGAGAUCAGCAACAUUGUCUUCACCAGCCUGUUUGCUCUGGAGAUGCUUCUGAAGGUCCUGGUGUACGGACCCUUUGGCUACAUUAAGAAUCCUUACAAUAUCUUUGACGGAAUCAUUGUGGUGAUCAGCGUGUGGGAGAUAGUCGGCCAGCAGGGCGGCGGUCUGUCGGUGCUGCGGACCUUCCGGCUGAUGCGCGUGCUGAAGCUGGUGCGUUUCAUGCCAGCUCUGCAGAGACAGCUAGUGGUGCUGAUGAAGACCAUGGACAAUGUAGCCACCUUUUGCAUGCUGCUCAUGCUCUUCAUAUUCAUCUUCAGUAUAUUGGGAAUGCACCUUUUUGGCUGCAAGUUCGGCUCUGAGCGGGAUGGGGACACCUUGCCUGACCGCAAGAACUUUGAUUCGCUGCUUUGGGCCAUCGUCACUGUUUUCCAGAUCCUGACUCAGGAAGACUGGAACAAAGUGCUGUACAACGGCAUGGCCUCCACCUCCCCGUGGGCAGCGCUGUAUUUCAUCGCCCUCAUGACUUUUGGCAACUACGUUCUAUUCAACCUGCUGGUGGCCAUUCUGGUCGAGGGCUUCCAGACAGAGGAAAUGUCCAAGAGGGAGGACAUUCUGGGCCGGCUGAGCUGUAUUCAGCUGCCUGUAGACUCGGGGAAAGGUAAAGUGGGAGUAAGGACACAGGUAACUAAGGCUUGUCCAGACAGCCAUCUGUCCACUACAGACCAGGGGAAUGAGAAGGGCCCAUGGCACAGGGAUGGGCAUACUGGCGAUGCCUCCAAGUCGGACUCGGAAGUCGAUAUCUACGCUCGGAGCAUGGAGGACGUCUGGGGUCUCAAGAAAGAUGGGUCGGCCUCAGCAGCAGUGGUGCCCAUUAAUGGCCAUGUGGACAUGAAGAACAGCCUGACCCCACCCCUCAUCACUCACACCGCCGCCACGCCCAUGCCGGUACCAAAGAUCUCCGGAAUUGGCGACCCUGCACUGAGCUAUGAGUCACGCAGAGGUAGCAACGUCUCCGUAGAGCCUGGCUGCCAUGAUGCCAAGUCCCCGUCCAGCGCACGCAGCUCCCCAUACGCACCUUGGAGCUCGGCCAGUAGCUGGAACAGCCGGCGUUCUAGCUGGAACAGCCUAGGCCGGGCCCCGAGUCUCAAGCGGCAGAAGCGGCAGUCCGGGGAACGCCGCUCGCUGCUGUCAGGGGACGGCCAAUCCAGCUCGGACGAGGAGGGGGGGGGCGCGGGCACCUCGGAGGGCGACGAGGCCUCGCUGUCCCGCGCUGACUCCUUACCCCGGCCACGCCACCGCCGCAUGGAAUCCGUCGAGACCAAGAGCUCCUUCGACCUGCCCCCCGACACCUUGCAGGUGCCCUCCUACCUUUACCGCACAGCCAGCGUGCACAGCGCCCGGCCUCCUAACCUGGGCAUAGACUGCAAUGGCAAGAGCUCCCCCAGCACCACCCUGCCCCCCCAGCUGUCCCUGGAUGACCCGCACAGUGAGGAUGACAAUGGGGAUGAAGAGGUUAACAUGAGUCGCAAGGAUCGGCUGUUCGGGUGGUUUGAGAGGCGCCAGCCAGAGUGGUGUCGGCAGAGAGGAACUUGGUCCCUCUACCUUUUCCCCCCUCAGUCCAGGUUCCGUGUGACGUGCAACAAGAUCAUCACUCACAAGAUGUUCGACCAUAUUGUCCUGGUGAUCAUCUUCCUCAACUGCAUCACGAUUGCCAUGGAGCGUCCCAGGAUUGACCCCCACAGCGCUGAACGCAUCUUCCUGACGCUGUCCAACUACAUCUUCACUGCCAUCUUCGUGGCCGAGAUGACGGUAAAGGUGGCAGCACUUGGUUGGUGCUUCGGGGAGCAGGCCUACCUGAAGAGCAGCUGGAACAUCCUGGACGGCAUGCUAGUGAUGAUCUCAGUCAUCGACAUCCUCGUCAACAUGAUCUCCAACAGUGGAACCAAGAUCCUGGGCAUGUUGCGAGUUCUAAGGCUGCUAAGGACCCUGCGACCGCUCAGGGUAAUCAGCAGAGCUCCGGGCCUCAAGUUAGUGGUAGAGACCUUGAUGUCCUCCCUGAAGCCCAUCGGGAAUAUUGUGGUCAUCUGCUGUGCCUUCUUCAUCAUCUUUGGCAUCCUGGGUGUGCAGCUCUUCAAAGGGAAGUUCUAUGUCUGCCAAGGAGAGGACACCAGGAACAUCACCAACAAAUCUGACUGCCUGCUAGCUAAUUACAAGUGGGUCCGACACAAGUACAACUUUGACAACCUGGGCCAGGCUUUGAUGUCCCUCUUCGUUCUGGCCUCCAAGGAUGGCUGGGUUGACAUUAUGUAUGAUGGCUUGGAUGCAGUGGGCGUGGAUCAGCAGCCCAUGAUGAACCACAACCCGUGGAUGCUGCUCUACUUCAUCUCCUUCCUGCUCAUCGUGGCCUUCUUCGUCCUCAACAUGUUCGUGGGCGUGGUGGUGGAGAACUUCCACAAGUGCCGGCGGCACCAGGAGGCGGAGGAGGCCAAGCGACGUGAGGAGAAGCGGCUGAAGCGGAUGGAGAAAAAGAGACGCAAUAUAAUGCUGACGGGUGUAAGUUGGGCCGGCUCAGGAGGCACGCCGACAGAAGCCCAGUGUAAGCCCUACUACUCGGACUACUCGCCAACCCGCCUGCUCAUCCACAAGAUGUGCACCAGUCACUACCUGGACCUCUUCAUCACCGUGGUGAUAGGCCUAAAUGUCAUCACUAUGGCCAUGGAACACUACCGGCAGCCCAAGGUGUUGGACGAAGCGCUGAAGAUCUGUAACUACAUCUUCACCAUCAUCUUCGUCCUGGAGUCUGUUUUCAAGCUGGUGGCUUUCGGCUUUCGCCGGUUUUUCAAAGACAGGUGGAACCAGCUUGACCUGGCCAUCGUACUCCUAUCUAUAAUGGGCAUCACUCUCGAGGAGAUCGAGGUCAAUGCCUCCCUGCCCAUCAACCCCACCAUCAUACGCAUCAUGAGGGUCCUGCGCAUCGCCCGUGUGUUGAAGCUGCUGAAGAUGGCUGUUGGAAUGAGGGCUCUCCUGGAUACAGUGAUACAAGCCCUACCUCAGGUGGGGAAUCUGGGUCUUCUCUUCAUGCUGCUAUUCUUUAUCUUCGCAGCGUUGGGCGUGGAGCUGUUUGGUGACCUGAUAUGUGAUGAACUCCAUCCUUGCGAGGGUCUGGGUCGGUACGCCACCUUCAAGAACUUUGGCAUGGCGUUCCUCCUGCUUUUCAGGGUGUCCACAGGGGACAACUGGAAUGGCAUCAUGAAAGACACUCUGCGGGACUGCGCCCAGGACAACGGACCCUGCUACAACACCGUAGUCUCACCCUUCUAUUUCGUCUCCUUCGUGCUGACUGCACAGUUCGUGCUGGUCAAUGUGGUCAUCGCCGUGCUCAUGAAGCAUCUAGAAGAGAGUAACAAGGAGGCUAAGGAGGAAGCGGAGCUAGAGGCGGAGCUAGAGGCGGAGCUGGAGCUGCAAACCAUAGGGGGAGAGGGCGGGGUCAUGGGACCACGCCUCUCUCCCUUGGCUUUGAGUGAUUCUGGUGGGCCUGGGGUGCCACCCUGGAUGUGCGGAGACCUUCAGGAAAGAGCUGGCCCACUGGACAGUCCCAGAGACCUUACACACAUAAAGGCAGACUCCACCCUGUGCCUUGAGCCACCCCGUUCGCGGAGGGUCAUGCUUGACUCCGUGUCCCUGGUGAUCCAGGGUUCACUGGAGGGGGAGCUCAGCCUUAUGGACAACCUGUCAGGCUCCAUCUUCCACUGCUACGCCCUGCCCCCCCAGCCCUGCAAGUACUCCACUGAGAAACAGCCGGAGCCUGUCGGCACGGGGGAGAAGCUGGAGGAGAACAUGCUGAGCGUGAGAAAGGCACUAGUGGGCCGCACCCACUCCCUGCCCAAUGACAGCUACAUGUUUCUCCCCAUGUGGGCCACGUCCAACGCAGGCAAGCACGCCUCCCCGAAGAGGGCCCAGUCAGGCUCCAGCAGCUCAGUGCGGUCGCAGCCAGAGGAAAGCUCCCAGCAGCUGGCGGUGCCCUCUGACCUCUUUCGCCCAAUCAGCCCCCACAGCCUCUCCGAUUCGGAGAGCAUCCCACGCAUCCCUCCCCCCCGUCGAGGCCACACCUUUGCCCGUACUUUACGCAGACAGGUGGCUGUGGUCAAUGACUCGCAGGAGGCACUCUGUACAGAGGCAGAGGAGGCUGGCAGAGCACAAGGACAUGGGGGCUUGUCUGUGGCACCUAUAGGCUUCCCUACCCAGCAGAAACAGCAGCACCAGCAGCCCACGGUCCUCCUGGUUCCUGCCACCCCCGGGGCCUCCCCGAGUCCUACCCGCUCCAGCGUGCACACCCAACACACCGUCCACAACCAGCGCAAUGUCUCCAAGACCCCCCCGCCCCCUCGCCUCCCCGUGCCCCCGGCAUGCAGCAAGACCGAGGAGAAGACAGAGGAUGACUCGGUGGACCAGGAGGUAUCCCGCAUCAUCCGGGCAGGUUUAGUGAGCAGCGCCGGCGGAGAUGGCGGCGGGAGUCACAGCCCCUACCGGAGGCAGCUAAAGAAGUUCCACAGUGCGGACACACAGGGCCGGCGGGUGCUGCUGGCGCGGCCCGCCUCUUGGCUGGACGACCCACGGCGGCACUCCAUCGAGGUGUGCUCCUCGGUGGAGAGCAGCCCCCAACGCAGCCCCCAGCGUAGCUCCGCAUCCUCAGGCUUUGUGUCGCGCGCCAACAGCCUGCAGCAGGCGGUGCCGCUCCUGCCCUCCUCUCCCCGCCGCAAGAAGAAGAUGAGCCCCCCCUGCAUCUCCGUGGAGCCACCCGAGACGCAGGACACCACGCUGGCCAGCCAGGACACCUGCCUGAGACGGCGGGCGCCCUCCAGCGACUCUAAGGACUCCUUCGACCUCGGGAGCGGGGAUGGAUCGCUCCAAGAUCCCGCUCCCACCCCUAAGCUAUUGACUCUGCCCAGCUUCUCCUCCCAGAAAACGAGCGCCGAGCACUGAGCACUGAAUCGCACAGGCGAGCGGGAACACACUGACCAUGAUAGUCAUAGUAACAAUACUGUAGAGUAAUAAAGAUGAUAAUAUUUACAGCGGUACCUAUCCAUGAUCAUCGAGUAAUGACCAUCUUUUGUCUUUUUUCUGUAUUGAUAAAAUAAAGACAUACAGAAGAAAAAAAAACUGCUUAAAGAUGAAAAACAUGACUGUUCCUCUUCCAAGACACUUGCAAAAGUCUGCAGGUGAAUCCCAACACCUCGUUCAGAGAAGUCGGCACAAGGCCCUGCUUGGGGCGCCCUCUGCUGGCUCCUGCUAGGCUGCCAGCUAUGGUACUGUAGGACUCCGGCCAGAACAGGGCCGCUGUGGAGGUACAAAGCAAUAUGAACGUUUUAGAGACACUAUUUUCUUAAAUUAUUUGGUCAUAGUGUUUGUACAGGAUGUAGAUUUUUUUAAUUUCAUUCUAUUUUUAUUUGGUUUUUUUUUUGUGAUUUUUUUUCAACGUUAAAUUGUUGUUUGUUUUAUUUUUUCACCAUAGGAUAUUUUUAGCGUUGUUGAUUUAACAAAGGAAAAAAAGAAAAACAUUUUCCAAAGUGCUGAGACCCAUGUAUUUGUAGGAAUAAUACAAAAAGUUAAUUAUUAAACUGUUCAUCAAUUUUUAAGCACAAGAGCAAACCAUAGUGCAUUGAACAUUCACAUAAAAUAAAAAUGAAUACAUUGUUUUGCAUUUAGGAAUACUAUCUGUAAUGAGUGGGGAGGACAGACUUGUGGGCAAGCUUCACAGAAUUGUGCGUUUAAAAGUAAGCUACCAAAGAAAGUGAGAUUGUAUGGUGGUGAUGGAAACAUGGCCCCAGACAGGUAAAGCUAAACUGAGAAUGAUGCUAACAGACCUGUUCAUUUAUUACCGAACAGUGUUCUGGAGACCUUAAACUUUACAUGCGUAACAUUCAACACGAAAAGUGGGCGGGGUUUCCACUUGUGUGCUUAUCUGUGGUGCUGAGUUCAGUUUCAAGUGUCAUUUGUAAAUUAGACGUUCAAACCUGGUAAUGCCAUUAGCCUUUUGCUAAACUUUUAAAUUGUUUGUCUGCCUCUCUUUAAUUUAUCACAACCUCUUAUGUAAGCUCCAUCAGGAAUAUAUGUAUUUUUGCAUUUAGUUUUAAUUCACAUAUAUUUCCCUUGAGUAAGCUGAAAAAAAAGUCAAAAUCAGAAGUAUGAACAGUUUGGAUAGUAAUUCAAAAGCUUUUAUGUGACAUAAUUUGCACCAGUAAAAAAUGUACUCUUCUAUGUUGUUGAUUUUUUGAGCUUAGAUUAUCCCCCCAGAUUUUGAUACAGAUCAGUAUUUAUACUUAAUAUGUAAAAACUUGGCUGGAUAUAGAGAAGUACCGUGCAAAGAGGAGAGCAAGAACGGUUUGUCUGUGCCUAGAACACAUUAGUGAUAGUCUGACUAAUGUCUAGCAUACCUAGUUAUUAAAACAUUAAACCGUUUAAAAGAA